AUGGUAUAUUAUAAAUUCCAAGCCAGGAAAACACCUUCAUAUAGUAACAAUGAAGCUUUAGUGUUUAAGCGUGGAGAACCCAGCCCGGGGUCGUCCCCCCACUGGACGACGUACGUCUUUGGGGCGACAGGAGUCGUGUUUGGAGUUAACGGGGUAAUCAUAAGCCACGUCGCCCAUAAUUUCAACGUUAAAAAGUUGGAAGAAGAACAACGGGAGAAGAAAGAAAAAGAGGAAAAGGAGGAGGAGGAGGCGAAGAAGGAGGACAAUAUGGAGAAGCUCCGGGAUGAACUGCGGGAACUACACAGCUAUAUAUUCAAUCAAUACCCGAGGAUUUCGGCGGUUGAAGGGGAAAUCGCCAGGCUUACAAAAGAGGUUGUUUUACUCCAGCGGGUUCUUCUUGACCAAGCUAACGAAGCGAAAACCAAGGACAAGUAG